AUGGUGUCUACGACAAGAGGAACAAUCUCACGAACCGCGGCAGAGAAAGCCGAAGGGAAAAAGCCGGCGACUGAGGAAGGCUCCGGCAGUAAGAAAGGCGGCGGCUCAGCAUUCAUGAAAGCCAAGGACUACGCUCACCUCUUCGGACAGAUGCCUUUCCUCGGAACGAGAUACCCUGAUCUCACGGCCAUGGCUGAACUCGGAAUCUCUGAGGAUUGUCACAGCCUUUUCGAUGAGAUGCAACUCAAGAGGUUGAUGAUGAAUCCUCAGCCGGCGUAUCAAAAGGAGAGGAGACAGUCAAGUUCCUUGCUUCCCUCCGGGUCAACUUUUACGAGCCCGACGAGAUAG